GCCCCAUUCCCAAUCGCUAGCCACGCCCCUCGCUCGGCCGGCCCGAGUCGCGCCCUCCCGCCCCGCGCCGCCGAACUUGCUCUAACUUCCUCGGCCGACCCGGGCCGCGUCGUCGCCUCCGCCGCCGCCGCGUCCGCCGCCUCCGCGCCCGGACCCUGCUCCUCAGAAGAUGCACUAUUAUAGAUACUCGAACGCCGAGGUCAGCUGCUGGUACAAAUAUCUCCUUUUCAGCUACAACAUCAUCUUCUGGCUGGCUGGAGUUGCGUUCCUUGGAGUUGGCCUGUGGGCAUGGAGCGAGAAGGGGGUGCUGUCUGACCUCACCAAGGUGACCCGGCUCCAUGGCAUCGACCCUGUGGUGCUGGUCCUGAUGGUGGGCUUGGUGAUGUUCACUUUGGGCUUCGCCGGCUGCGUGGGGGCCCUGCGGGAGAACAUCUGCCUGCUCAAGUUUUUCUGCAGUGCCAUCGUGCUCAUCUUCUUCCUGGAGCUGGCGGUGGCCGUCCUGGCCUUCCUCUUCCAGGACUGGGUGAGGGACCGCUUCCGGGAGUUCUUUGAGAGCAACAUCCGCUCCUACCGGGACGACAUCGACUUGCAGAACCUCAUUGACUCCCUGCAGAAAGCUAACCAGUGCUGUGGGGCGUAUGGCCCUGAAGACUGGGACCUCAACAUCUACUUCAAUUGCAGUGGCGCCAGCUACAGCCGAGAGAAGUGUGGGGUGCCCUUCUCCUGCUGUGUACCUGACCCUGCGCAAAAGGUUGUGAACACUCAGUGCGGCUAUGAUGUCAGGGCCCAGGCCAAGAGUAAGUGGGACGAAUCCAUCUUCACGAAAGGCUGCAUCCAGGCCCUGGAGGGCUGGCUUCCGCGCAAUAUCUACAUAGUGGCUGGUGUCUUCAUUGCCAUCUCGCUGUUGCAGAUAUUCGGCAUCUUCCUGGCACGGACUCUCAUCUCAGACAUCGAGGCAGUGAAGGCGGGCCACCACUUCUGAAGCACAGACAGAGCGAGUGGAGCUGAGCCACAGUGAAGGUCGUGGUCUUCGCUUUCCCUCCCGAUUGUGCAGGGUGCCCUGUCCAGAGCCAGCACCCCGCCUUCGGCAUCAGUGCCACAAGACCUCUGAUUUCACCUGCCCUGCGGGGCCCUCCCAGAGACAGAGACUGUGUCUGCAGGGGUGGCGGGGGCUGGGGACACUGAGGGGCAGCUGAGACUCCUGAGCUCAGGAGGGCUGGGCCCUGUGCCCCGUGCCCCGAGCCCACGUGCCUGCAGGGCUUCUCUCUCAUGCCAGCCACUCCUGUGAGUAGUUUGAAGGACUCACGGCUGUGGGCUCAGUGCUGGGAGGGCCCUGGGACCUCCGAGUGCCAGCUGGGCCUGUAGUUGGCAAGAUCUGCAUCCCAGAAAGGGAGCUUAACCAGCACAUGGAUGGUGCCAGGGGAGCCCGGCCGCCCUGCCCACCCUGCCCCUGGGUCACGCCAUCUCCUGCUUGGCAUGUGCCCGGGUGCCACAGGCUGGGUUUUUACCGAGAGCCGGCUCUCCUUUUCUUAAAGUAUAUAAAUGGUUUAUUUAUAGGGUAAGAAACAUUCACACACCAUUUUUUCAUUUCCCCCAUGGCCUUACAUGUGUUGAGGGCUCCAGCCCUCCCUCUCACUUCCCUCCAGGAGCUUCAGAACCGACCCCGAGGCUCCACUUUUUUCUCCUGAGCUCCCAUCACCAGUGCACCCCCAUCACAUUUACACUCCCCUCCCUGGCUUGGCCUCACUGUCUUCUGAUCGUGGUGCUACUAAAACUGUCCCCAGGACUGGAGUCCUGACCCUCCGCGCAUGGCCAUGAGUGGUCUCUGCGGAUCCUGCAUGCCACUGAGCAGAAGCUCUGGGUGUUGGGUCACUCAAGGGGACACCCCCCCCCCCCCUUCUCCAAGCCCCGUCCCAGUGGCCACUGUGUGCUCCUUCAGGUCGUUCUGGGGCCACUCUCGGAAGUGCAGUUGUCCUGUGAACUGACCCGCUGGGCUUCCAUCCCUGGGCUGGUCUCUCCCAGUCCCCAUCAUCCCAGGAUCGCGCACCCUCUGUUCUCUCUGUUCAGGGAUCGGCGCCAUCUUCACCGACUUGCCCACUGGACAUUCCUGCAUGGUGUGGACUAGUGGGUGUUUGUCGACGCUGUUGUUAGAAUUUUUUUCUUUGUAGAUGUAGGGGAAGAAGAGUGCUUGUGUUUUUAGGAAGCGUAAUACUUUUCUUCCACUGCCAAACUCUUUUAUGGAAUAUACCUUUAUAUGAA